AUUUAAUUUCCUUGUAAACGCGCCUUUAUAUAUGUAGAUGCCAAACAGCUGUACAGACAUCACAGUUUCUGCUCUGGAGUAGAUUCUGUUUUUCAUUUCUUCUGUUUAUCAUUUUUUGUUAUCAAUAUUUUUACACACUUUUUCAAGAAGUUCUUAUAUUUUCCAUAGAAAAUGGCUGAUUAUUUAGAUGCCGAAGCAGAAGAAAGUGAGAGAACGAAGGAAAAGUUUUGGGACUUAUUGAUGAUAAUCCAAUCAAUGAUGAUAAUGAUGAAGACAGUGAAGAAUCUGAUGAUUCUAGAAAACGUAAAAAAAGUGAUGAAGAUUUUGAUGAUCAAACAUUGUUUUAAGCGUUUACGUACAAGAUGAAGAAUGAGAAGAUGAGAAAUCAGAAGAAGAAGAAAAAGGAAAGAUGAUGAAAAAGAUGCUAUUGCUAAUGAAUUGUUUCAAGGUUCUGGAGAGGAAGAUGAGGAAAACAAUGAAGUGAGUCCAAGAGGAAGAAUUUGAUGAAAUGGAAGAAUUUGAGGAAAAAAGUGAGGAUGAGGAUGAUUUCAUUGUGGAUGGUGAUGGAAUACCUAUAACUGAAAAGAGAAAAAAACCUAAAGAUGCGUCAGUUUUAAAAAAAGAAGCAUAAAGAAAAGUAUCUUUGAAUUGUACGAACCUAGUGAACUUAUACAUGGUCAUUUUACCAAUGUGGAUAAUGAGGUACCGAUUAGAAAUAAUUUUAACCUAUUAUCAAUAAUAUAAUAUUAAUUAUUAUAUUAACCAACUGUCUCAAUACAAGAUGCUCAACUGAAUCAAGAAGCUAAGGAAAGAGCUAAAAAGGGACCGCAAACAGUUGGUAAAAUUAAAAAAAUUUUAAGUUUUAAUUUUAGGUUUUUAAUUUUAGAAUUAAAUAUCAAUGAUUUAUGGAAAAUUUAUAAAUUCGAUGAAAAAUGGUGUCAAUUAAUACAAAGAAAAUUUAUUGAAACUGUUUGAAAGGAUGAGAAAUUUCCAAAUAAAUGAAAUUAUGAAAAAUCCAGAUGCCUCAUUACCUGACAAUAUACGAGUCAUUAAAGACGAUAUUGAACGACUUUCGAAGAGUUAAAUGAUAUUUAUCAGCAUUUUGUGUUGUAUUACAAUCAGAGUGUAUCAGCCAUGCAGCCAAGAAGACACACGUAAGAAGCAAAAAGAACUACGAAGAAAAGCUAAAUUAGAAAGAAGAAAACAAUUUAUAGAAGCUAAAGAAAAUGGAGAAGAUCCUGCUAAAGAAAUUUCGGAGAUAGAUAACGAAGAAGAAGAAGUAGAUGACUCAUUGAAGCAGCCAGUUAGAAAAGGUCCUUAUUAUCUUUGUAAAAAAGCUGGCUUAGAUGGACUUGCUAAAAAAUUUGGUCUUUCUCCAGAACAUUUCGCUGAAAAUCUUAGAGAUAAUAAUCAACGUCAUGAAAUAGAUCAAGACCCAACAGAACCUGCAGUAGUAGCAAAUGAUUUUUAUUCAGUAUUAUUUAAGACAAGUGAUGAAAUACUUAAAGCUGUACAAUUAAUGGUUGCAAUUCAAUUAGCAUACAAAUCAUUAAUUCGUAAAUGCAUUAGAGAAAUGUAUAUGGAGAGAGCAAAAAUAUCUAUAAAACCGACUAAAAAAGGAAUGAAGGUGAUAGAUGAGGAACAUGCUAUUUAUAGUUUAAAAUAUCUUAAAAAUAAAUCUGUACGGAAUUUAAAAAAUAUCUUAAAAAUAAACCUGUCGGUGAUCAAUUUUUAAAACUAAUUAUAGCAGUAGAAGAUAAACUAAUUAUACUUUCAUUUAGUGAUAUGAAGGAAAUAUUAGCAAUAACUAUAUGGAUGAAAUAAAGCAAUUGUAUUAUAGGGACGAAUUUAGCAAAAGUGUUCAAGAUUGGAAUGCACUAAGAACUGGUAGCGUUAAAAUAGCUUUCAAUCAGAUUAUUAUAUCUCAACUGAAAAAGGAGUUGCGGUUGGAUCUUUUAGCAGAAGCAAAAGAAUAUAUUAUGAAAGCAUGUUGUAAAUGUACAACUGGAUAAAAAUUGCACCAUAUACAUGUGAAUUUCGUGAUGAAAACGAUGAAGAUUGGGAUACUAACAAAGGAAUUUGCGUGAUGGGUUUAGCUUAUAUACCUGAUCCAUCUUAAGCCGCUUUUACUUGCAUAAUUUCUCCAGAAGGAGAAUGUACUGAUCAUUUAAAAUUACCGCAUUUAUUGAAGCGCAAAAAUAGUUUUAGAGAAAAUGAAAAGACGUUGAAAAAAGCAGAUUUAUUAGCAAGAAUUCGAAGAUUUAGAUGAAAUUAUCGCUAGAUACAUUAAUCCAAUGACUGCUUAUGUCUUGGAAUUAUUAGAUUUUAAAUAUUAUAAAUCAAAAGUAGAAGGCAUUAAGCACAAAGCAGAAGAAAUUUUAAAAGAACAAAAAAAGGAAAAUCCUGGUGGAAUUCCAUAUAUUGUGUCUGCAAAAUUAUCUUGGAAAAUUUUUACUUUCAUAUUUACCACGAAAUAAUUGUCGUCACGAGUAUGUUACUGUAAUACCUGAUGGAUUCCGAUUCAAAAAUCAAAUGUUUAACAGAGUAAGCGAUUUGUUCCGUUGGUUCAAGUAACAUUUUAGAGAUCCUAUACCAACUAAAUUAGAUCCACAUGAAACUAUAACUUUUAAGACACUAUACAAUGUUUCAGGAAUAAAUGAAGUAAAUCCAAAUACCAUACAAAGAGUAGCACAAAAUAUUUCACACCACAUGCUACAUUCACUUUCAAAAGAAGCAAAUCAAACUUCGCAUCAUUGUCCAUCAUACACAUCAGGAGUUGUCAGUUUUAAUAACUAUGAAAUGUAUGAAAAUACGCCUUAUACUUCUUCUGAUCAAACUCCGUUUAUGACUCCAUACCAUAUGCCACAUCAUACAUCUUACUAUUUACAAACAUCUAAUUAUUCUCAAGGACCAUUCUUACAACCGAUUCCUCCAGUAAUGAAUUCAAAUUCACGUAGAACUGCAAGACCACACAGAUUUAUUUUUGAUACUUCUGAUACAAUGAACUGGACAAAAGCUGCAGAAGUAUGGACUCGAUCAAAACAGUCUACUUUGAUAGAAUUUAAUUUUAGUAAUACUAUUCCCGGAUCUGAUGAAUCUAAAAAAAUAUGACAAAAUCAAGAAAAUGAGAAAUCAAUUCCACGCAACAGAACGCCAUCUGCUCGUACUCCGUCUUAUAAAUCUCUUAGUGGAAUUCCACUUACAAAUUCUAGUCCCCAGAGUAUGUCUCUAAGUGGAGAUGUUAUUCCCUUAUAUGAUGAAAAUUGAAGCAAUAAUAUGCUUUAUAUAUAGCUAGGAUAAUUUUUUAUUUGAAACUCUAUUGAUAGAGAAGGGAAAGUUCAAUUAUAAAUAUGUAUGACCUUAUUUUCUGCCAAUUGGCACAGAGCAUUUCCUAUAUUAAAUAUUUAUUAGUAGUACAAAUUAUAAUUUUAUUAGUAGUACAGUAUAAUUUUUCUAGAAUCUUUUUCUAGACAUUUUUCUAAAUGAAUUUAUAAUCAUAAUCAAAAAGUGUUUAACGUAUAUAACAUGAGAAAAGGAGAAAUUUGCAGAACUGAUAUUAUAUAUUACAGAACAUAUUUUUUUUAUGUGUAUGUAAUGUUUAUAACAUUCUACCUCAAUUAUAUUUUCAAACAAUUAAUUCUAUAUAAUAUAUCUACUUGUAUUUAAAUAUAUCAAAUCAUUCAGAUAUACAAUGACAUUAAAAUAUAGAUACUGCCCUAAUUGAGAAAUAAAUAUAUGUUUUAUUUGUAUAAUAAUCAAUUUGAUACUAAUGUAUUAAUUUAAGCUUAUGCAAUUUUGGCAUUAUAUUUU